AUAGCGCAGCGCAUGUGCGCGCGCGCGCGCGCGGGGGGCGUCAGUCUAGACAUCACAGGCACGUACAGUAGUGUCGACUGCCGCGGUGAUCAUACUGGCGGCGAAAGGCAGUAUAGCAGCGGAGCAUGGCAUCCUCCGAGGAUAUCCUCGGCGGCGCCGUCCAUCAUCAUGCCCAGGACGCCGCCGCUGCUUGGGUCCCGCUGUCCCUAACCCUCGUCGAGUACCCCAAAGGAGAUCUCAUUGGAAUGCUAUUAGCUCUAAUAAGUCUGAUGCCUUUUGCUGUGCUAGCAGGAUUUAUUACACUGAUCAUUUUCAGGAGAGAUUUACAUACAAUUGCAUUCCUUGGUGGUGUCACAGGCAAUGAAAUUGUAAAUUUCUUACUCAAGCAUACUAUUCAAGAAGCAAGACCUAUGCGAAGAGAUGUAUUGUACUCCGAGUAUGGCAUGCCAUCUACGCAUGCACAAUUCAUGUGGUUCUUUGCCGCAUACAUGACUCUAUUUGUAUUAAUUAGAUUACAUCAAAGCAACAAUAGCACAAUAUCUGAAAGAUUUUGGCGAGUACUUAUAAUAGCAGUAUGCAUUGCUUCUGCUGGAUUAGUAACUUACAGUAGGAUUUAUCUGCAGUACCAUUCUCACUCUCAAGUACUAUGUGGAGCAGUUAUUGGUACUAUUCUAGGCAUUGUUUGGUUCAUCGUUGUACAUCUAGUUUUAACACCAUUUUUCCCUGUGAUUGUAUCAUGGAAGUUAUCUGAAUAUUUACUCCUACGGGAUACCACCCUAAUACCUAAUAUUUUAUGGUUUGAAUAUACAAACGUUCGAACAGAAGCAAGAGCUCGAUCGCGAAAGCUUGUUUCCAUGAAAUCCCAAUGACGGCUAUUAGUAGGACUAUGGACUGAAAGCAAGUAAAUUCUGUAAGAAUUAAUUUUGCUAAAAGCCAUUUAAAAACAGUCACUGUAGUAUAUGGAGAGAGCAACGACGGUAAAUCACAAAGUUAACCAAUUUGUUGAUAGGUAUGAAUGGGAAAGCGUAAAUUAGUGUGAUUCUCUUAUAGGCUCUGUCAACAAAAUUAUAUCAGCAAAAGGAAAUAUCGUAAUAUCCAUACAAAAUUAAAGGUUAACAGGGUCGUGAAAAUGUAAAAAAAAAAUGAUCAAAGCACAGAAUUUGGUUAAUUAACCAAACUAUAAAUAGCGAUUUUUUUCAAUUUUUAAAGCAAUGUCCAGUACUGAGAUGUUUCACUCAUUAACGGGUGUUACACAUAGUUAUAGAUGGAAAAUGUAAUCGACACAAGUUUCCAAUGGCCUAAAUAGUUACUUAUAAUAAGAUGAAUGAACAUGAAUAUUUGUACGAGUAACUUUUAUAUAAACGAUACUAGAAUGACUUUUUACACAAAUGAUAUGUCGAUAUUAAAGAUAUAGUCGGACUUUAAUUCUUACGUGAGUGUAUAGUAAUAAAAUUAAAUGCGGUUUUUAUAUAAAAAAAAAAUCAUAUGAAGCGUUUAUAUAAAUUUCCAAUAAUGCAUGAUUGAUGUUAUAGACCAGUGUCCUUUGGAGUAAGGUAAACCUUUUUAUAUAACUAUUUCUCUUAAAACAAUUGUGAGCGUAUUUGUACGUUGUAAAUAUAGUUUUCUUAUUUCAA